UUUUCAUUGAGAAUGGAGCACCAUAAUUACGAAUUCUCCUUCUGAUAUAAAAAGUAAUGACUGCAGGCGCGACGAGGACAGCCCGGCUGCGGGUCUUGGCUGUUUGUUGCCAGGGUAACGCCUGUCUAGAGGCUCAGCAGGCUAUCGGUGCCAUGAGCUGCAAGGCCAGGAAAUGCGGUAUACGGUUUGAACCACCAGCCAUUGUCUUGGUAUAUGAGAAGACCGAAGGGAAGACACGGCAACGCAUCAUGCCUAUCAGGAAUUUCUCGAAGUUCUCAGACUGCAGCCGAGCAGCAGAGCAGCUUAAAAACAAUCCACGGCACAAGCAGUACUUGGAGCAGGUAUCCCUGAAACAGCUGGAAAGGCUUUAUAAGCUACUAAGGGGACAUUUAAAGGAGGAGACUUUGGAGGCCAGCCUGGAUGGGAUUCGGAAGGAGGAAAGUAUUGAUCCAGAUGAAGAUCUUAACAAACUGGAUGACAAGGAACUGGCCAAAAGAAAGAACUUAAUGGAUGAGCUUUUUGAGAAAAACAGAAAAAAGAAAGAUGACCCAGAAUUUGAGUACAACGUGGAAGUGGAUUUCAACCAGGGUGACGCGGUGGAGAGCUCUGGGUGGGAUGAUAACUCUGAAGAUGGCUUCUGAAUACAACCUUAAAAAUAUGAAUUAACACUACAAUACUGUUUGAAUGUAUGGAAAUCCUUGGAAUUUUCUAGAUACAGUAUAUCUCGUCAAAUCUGACAGUUUGAACCAUGACACAGCAGUUUUUUUUUUUUUUUUUUUUACUUAUUUAGAGUAUGUGCAAUCAAUAUAUUAUUUGUCUUGUUUUUUUAUUUGUAUUCUUUGUAAACACAUAUAAAUGGGGGAAGAUGUAAAGGGUCCCCUUUCGUAUUAUCACACAAUAUAAAGAAAAGUAUGUUGUGCGUAGAUGAGACAGUAUGCAACAUCAGAUUUAAUCUUCAGCUUGAUGGUUCAAACACUGGUUGUUGGGGCAGGAAGACUACAGAAACGGACAUCCACCUCUUUCUGGGAAAUAUAGGGUCAUAUGUAAACCAGUCUAGGCUAAAUUCCCUCCAGUGUAUUCUGAAUCUGUUCUUGGGCUUUCUAACAAUAGCUGCACCAAAGUCAAGGGGAAUGUGCGUUUUUUUUUUUUUUUUUUUUAAAUCAAAAAGUUCAGUAUGAUCAUACAGUAUAUGCAGUAUUCAGUAUAUAUAAACAAAACCAGCUUGACGGCUGACAUGGCGGAGCAGCUCCAGGCUCUGGAAAGAUACCAAUAUUGUCAGGAUCCACCCAGCUGCCUGAUUGACAGCUGGCCUCAGUGUGUAAGUGAGAGCCUGAGCCAGCUACACCCACUCCCUCCCCAGCCUGGCCCUCCGGUGUUUCCUGAGUGCCAAAAACACCAGGUGAUCCUGCCAGAAAACCUGUGUCAUUCUGUUCACUCUGCAGUUCUACCUCAAGCACUGUUAUUAGCCCCAGCCAGUUCAGCUCUGUGGACUACAGAACUCUUCCUGCUUCUAUGUUACAGCCUGAAGUAGUAUUGUUUGGAAAUUCCCCAUCUUUACCAAAAUUAGGGGUUCACAAAUCCUCAGAAUUUCUAAGAAAAGUGACUGUUGUGGACAGGUUCACUUCUGCAGGGCUCGGAUGAGAAACCGAAGUGCAAAGCAGCCAAACCACACCCUCUGUGUGUAUCUCAAGGCUUAUUUUACAUUGAAAAGAAUGAAGUAUUUAUUAAAAUAAUUGCAUAUAUAGCAUCAUAUUGACACAGGUAAAGAAAGUUGUACAUGACAUACUUUCGUUUAAGCAAUUACACUCAAAUGUAAUUGUAUUGGACCACUGGGGUUAAUUGAACAAGUUGAAGUUAGAACCUGAUUGGCUACCAUGCACAGCUAGCUGCACCAUGUUUUGCCCUCUCCAAUUUUAGUAAAUCAACCACAGUCUGUCCUUACAAAGGUGGGCUAUACUUUAAGGUUCACACUGGUGCGAUGCGGGAAACCCUGCGAUUCCUGUGCGGUAGAGCUGCA